AUGGAAACUGAAGUGCUCUGUCGUUAUUUUGCUAACAACGUUUGCAGUAAAGGGGCGGAUUGCCCGUUUUCACAUGAUCGCAGUGCUAAACCUAACACAGUUUGUAAGUACUAUCUGGUUGGAAGUUGCGCGUAUGGUGACCGGUGCAGGUUUGGCAAAUUAUUUCUGUUUUGCAGACUUAAGCUUGCAUCUAAUUCAAAAUCACAGUUUAAUCCCGACGCCGAAGUGUUUGUCCCCUCUUGGAUGAAGAAAGCAGUGGGGGAAAAAACUUUUGCGAGCGCUGCAGGGUUUGCAUUGUUUUUUAGAUCAGUUUCACUUUUGCCAUUGUGCCCCUAUUAUGAGAAUGGCUUUUGUGAGAAAGGUGCUGGAUGUCAGUUUGUUCAUGGUUUGAUAUGCGAGAUUUGUGGAAAGGCUGCUCUGCAUCCUGCUGACGAAGAACAACGGAGAAGACACCACCAAGAAUGUGAAGCUGAGAAACAGGCAGCUUUGGAGACUAAGCUAGCAGAGCAGCGUUCUGCAGACAAGAUAUGUGGUAUUUGUAUGGAAAACGUCUGGGAACGACAAGUACGGUUUGGGAUCUUGCAACGCUGUAAACACUGCUUUUGCUUGGACUGUAUCAAGAAAUGGCGAGGAAACCGUAACGACUUUUUUGAAAAAGAAGUGCUACGCAGUUGUCCGGAAUGUAGAGUUCAUUCCGAUUUUGUUAUUCCAGCUCAUUAUUGGGUUGAAGAUGCAAAGGAAAAGGAACAACUUAUUGCCAAUUAUCGGGAGGCAAAUAAGAAGAUUCAGUGUAGAUAUAUUAAAGGAAGUGAUAUAUCUGGGUGUCCAUUUGGCAACAAGUGCUUCUUCAAGCAUGAGCUGCCAGACGGUACAAUUGCAGAAGGAGAAAGCCCCCGCUCGUUGCGAAGGUGUGGAUAUCCUCUUUUUGAUGUUUUCCUCGUAAAAGCCAUCUAG